AUGAAUGGGACAAUGAUAAAAAUCGAAGGUAGCUAUGCUGCAAAGGUUCUGGUUGAAUUAUCAACAUGGCAGCAUUGGACAUCUGGAUCUCAGACAUUUCCAGAUGUAAUCCUUUGUGAUUUUAAGGUUCGUCAGGCUUCAUUAGCAAUAUACCGUUUUACAUCACAAUGUUUCCUGCCUUUGAAUGAAAUGAACCGGGAUAUGUUCUGUGCUGUUUGGAUUUGGCUCUGUGUAUUGAUCCUAAUCAACAUAUACAGCUUUCUUUCGUGGAUGAUUGCAGCUUGUAGAGGUCACAUGACAUCAAUUGUCUCCAGAGGCCUAAUGGCAUCACAGCCUGAUGGUACAAACAAUGCAUUUCUUAUGAAAGAUGGCGCUUUCCUACUUGGAUUGAUCGAUCAGAAUGCUGAUAAGGGAGUAGCUGCUAGUGUAAUUGAAGCAUUGCUGGAACAACAAAAGGCAGAACAUGCCCCUCCUGAGAAUAUUGGAGGACAUCCAUCAGGACCACAAUCUGUUAGUAUACAAAGACUGCCUGAGGAACAACCUGGACCUGCCUAUGCUGCCUAUGGGGAAGCAACUCCACUGUAUCCACACCUGGAGAAAGAUACAAAACUCUAAAACAUUGUGUUAUAAAUCGACUGUAAUUAGCUCUAUUGAUUUAUGUCGUUUUUAGUUUAUUCAGUUUGAUAAUUUUU